CUUGUAUUUAUGGUUGUAUCUAGUUACAUCCUAUCCAAACGGAAAUUUUGUAGCGCAAAAAAUGGUUUAUUGCAUCGAGAUAGUAAUUAGUAUGUGGGGCGAAUAUAUACUGUAUCAUCCUGACUUUCAUGGUAUUCAUACUGACGGUGGUGGUUGCACUAUCGUAUCUGCAAGUGGUUGAGUACUUGCGCACGAGUGGUAAAUUAACCAGCAUCACUACCAGGAAGUUCACGCACAUCGGAAUCGGUGCUCUAUUUGUACUAUGCUGGGGCCUAUACUCGGAGCUACCGGAAGCUCGCUAUGCAGCUGCUGCUGUGCCUCUCGGGAUUACGCUGAAGUUUCUACUGAUUGGAGUGGGCCUACUGGAGGAUAAAGCCACUGUCGAAACCAUCACACGGAACAAUGACAGGAGUGAGAUACUUAAAGGACCCUUCAUUUAUGGCCUGGUCAUAACAAUCUGUACUGUGAAACGAUGGGGAAAUGCCACUACCAUGGAAUGGGCGCAAAACUUGUGUGGGCUUGGCGGCCUUCAUAACUUGCAGCAUGAUUGGCUGUAUACUCUAUACGAACCACUUUCAGAACCUUGGUUGGGUACCGCCUCGUUCUGGCUAUUGGCCACGUCUUCUCAUCCAGAUCAUAGUCGCAGCAUUUGUGAAAAGUGUCGAUGCAACUGAUCUGGAUAACUUAACCGUGCCAAUUGCGAGUAUCAUAUCUGCAACACUCCUGGAUACCGUCCAGAACAGAGGUCUUUCCCAAUGAUGUAUCGCCUUCUAAAAAAAGAGGUGGCAGAUAUAUAAUUCUCCCUGCGAGUGCGGCCAUGAGCACCCGUAAUCUUCCAAGCGAUGCGCCGAUGCAGUUGUAUGUGAACUGCCGAGGACCAAUAUGAGUUGAUUCGUUCAACUAAUAAAUAUCGUUCCAUUGUAAGCAAUACCUCCAUAAACAUGCCCACGGUGCCCAUCAGGUAGUCCAAAGAAAAUACAAAUCAUUAUACUAAAAUACAUACUUCCGUUUUUAUUUCGUAAUAACGUCGUCCAAAUAAGUGCACUACUUCAUUUUAAGCAAUAACAUAAGUGCUAUUUACUGCUAUUUAGCUUGAUGUAGUGACUUCGACUACAUUAUUUGAGACCGGCGUAGUGUUUAGAAUCUCUCCUAUUUUCUUCCUGUUGUGCAUAACGUUAGGUGAUUGACUCGGCAGAUGAGUUGGAGUUACCAUCUGUGAUUGUGGUCUCAUUUUGGCUUGCCUCUGUCUUUCCGGUCUUGGAGCGACUCCGUGAUGGCUGCCUGGCAUAUUUUGUAGAGACGUAGCUCCGCCAACACUCAAGGGUCUGUAUUGCAGAUUACCGCCACCGUUGCGACCCACAGGACUAUUACUUGGCUGACUUCCUUGUCUAAUUUGCACACCCACAUUUACGUUUUGAUUUCCUGACCUGCUCUGCACACCAUUCUGACUUCCAGGUCUAUUCUGCAAACCCAUAUCCACCCCUAGAGAUCCUGCCCUUCGUACACCCAUAGCCCCACUCUGACUACCGGGUCUAUUCCGCAAGCCCGUUCGUCCGUGUUGGCUCGCAGGUCUAUUCUGCAGACCUCUUUCGCUACCAGCUCUACUCUUCAGCGAAUUCACGUCCCCUUGUUGAUGGUGUUGUUGAAUAUGACGAUUUUUCUGCUCGGCUUGUUGACGAGCGUUAACACUCUGUAAAUGUCUAGUGAUAAUUUCGUUGAUAAUCUUGCUCAUAAUCUCCAACGAAUCAGGAUCCAGGCGUGCAAGAUGCUUAUUUGUAUACUGCAAGCUACUUUCGUGAACAAGCAUCUCUGUAAGUUUGAAGGACAUCAGAUCUAUAUACAAGCUCAUUUUUUCACUUGGAGACAGGCUCGGCCGAGGGUCGCUUUUGCGGUCGUAGACUUGGGCAGCCAUGGCGGUCCACUUAGUGACCCGCUUAUUAAAGCUAACUUUGAGCGAAGUGGGCGACCUCGUCGAGCUCGUAUUAUUAGUGCUCGCAUCCGAACCUUUCUUCAAACAAGACAAUAUAUUACCGCCUUGAUCCCGUCUUGAACGCGUAUGCCCUAAUAAAGGACUCGCGGGCGAUAUUUUGAUAUCCAACUUCAAUUUAUGUGAUGAACUAGGCAGACUAGCCAUUGAUAAUGGCCUCACUUUAGUAUCUGCCCCAAGAGGACUACUGAACGACGCUCCUCGAGCACCUCUCCCAUUCGGAAGUGUUAGAGAUCCUGCAGAAGAGCCAGUGUACAAACUCCCUCCGCGUCGAGGAUCAAUAUGAGACAACGGACGACCACCCGCGGUCUUACCAAACGGUGACUGUAAACAGCCUACACUUCUCGAUGCGACUCCAACGCUGUCGUGCUCACCUCGCCCGAAACUCGAUCCAAGAGCCGAAUCUGAGUUUAUUUCGGAACUCUCUGAUCCAAUGUUAUUGGUCGUGGAGUCGCUGAAGCUUGAUACACUUUCAAUUUCCAUGCCUGAAACAGACGAUGCAUCAUCCUUGCGUGGUUUUGGCUUCAUUCGAAACGAUCUGAUGCUUCCCAAACUUGGGGUCGCAAUAGAUCGUGGCUCUUUCUUGCUGCCAUCACUGUAAGCGUCAGGAUCUUCAGAUGUAACAGAUUUAUCGCCUCCGGUAAGAACCUUGCGGAACAACCCAUUCACCUUCGAGAACUUCAUUUUUUUUGUGUCGAGAUGCUUCACUUCAAAGAACUUCAAAGUAGUGUGGAUGUCGUAUCCUGUUACGCUACAAGAGAACUAAAACUAACCCCGUAAAAAAGCCCUGACGGUGUGGUGUUUAGUGUAUAUAGAACCUAAGAGUAUAUAGAACCUAAGAGUAUAUGCAAUUACUACUAUGUGGCUAUUCAGAUAUUAUAAUUCCAAC